AUGUCUGAUCUUCCACCGGAUUUGGUGGAAGACAUACUCUCUAGGGUCCCAGCCACAUCUCUGAAACGAUUACGGUUUACUUGCAAACAAUGGAACUCUUUAUUCAAAAACCGAAGAUUCACAGAGAAGCACUUUUGUAAAGCUCCAAAGCAGUCUCAUGUUCUCUUAUGGAAGGAUUAUACGGUUUGUCCAAUGAGCAUCAAUCUCAACUUUUCUGGUUCGUCUAUAGAGUUUAAGAGUGUACUUAGCCUAAAGGAUUCACAUUAUAAUUCAGAACAAGUCUAUAUAGCCAAAGUUUUUCACUGCGAUGGUUUGUUGUUAUGCACCACCAAGGAUCAUAGACUCUUAGUUUGGAAUCCGUGUUUGGGGGAAACCAGGUGGAUCAACUUUGAAAAUGAUUACAAGCCAUAUUCUAGGUUUUCUCUAGGAUACAAAAAUAACAAAUCAUGCCGUAGCUACAAAAUCUUGAGGUUUUGGACAUCUUAUUUGACACCAAACCAUAUUGGCCUAAGGUAUAAUAUCUAUGAGUUUACCACUGAUUCAUGGAGGGUUCUUAUUGAUAAAGUCUCUCUCAACUACUUUCUCAUAGAAUCAGAGAAUGGUGUGUCUUUCAAAGGAAAUACUUAUUGGCUUGCUUUAGAUGAAGAAACAAAUUUCUUACUCGGUUUUGAUUUUACAAUGGAGAGAUUUAAACGUUUGUGUCUUCCCUCAAAUAAGAAUUGUGAUACGAUGGUUCUAUCGGUUGUUAGAGAAGAAAAACUCUCAGUAUCACAUCAGAACUUUUGUUCAUCAAAGAUGGAUAUUUGGAUGACCAAUAGAAUUGAUAGUGAAACCGCCAUGUCCUGGAAGAGGUACUUUUCUGUGGAGUUUAAAAUCCUUAGUAUGUGUCAUUCUUUACCGUUUUGCAAUAGUUUUCUGAUCGAUGAGGAAAAGAAAAUUGUCAUAUCGACUGUAAGGGGUAAUGAGAACAUGGUAAACAUUAUUGGAGCGUACAAUGCGUAUUAUGCAGAAGUCCCUGUGGAAUCUACAAAUUGGCCAUGUAGUCCAUAUUUUGUCAGUUAUGUUCCAAGUUUGGUUCAAAUCCAGCAAUGUAAAAGCAAAGAAAAUAAUAAAACUAGUCUUGAAAUGUAA